AUGUCAGAAACAUCCAUCAACAGUUCCCUUUCAAAUAGCCUACAAUCUAUAGACGGACAAAAUAUAACUAAUGCCAUUCGUAAUAUUUUGGUGAUCAACUGUGUGGUGAAUAUUCCCUUGGCUUUAACAUCAUUUGUUGGGAACACAUUGGUGUUAUAUGGAGUAUGGAAAACACCAACUCUUCGCUCGCCCUCUAUUAUCUUAUUGUGUGGUUUGGCACUCUCUGAUCUAGCAGUUGGCAUAGUAGCACAACCACUUUUUAUCGUCAACAAUUUGCUUCGAGUGUACUCACAAUCCCAAAAUGUUAAGGACGUCUUUUCGAGUGUCUACAACACGUUUGGGUACACGUUAUGUGGAAUCUCUCUCUGCACAGUAGCUGUUAUAAGCCUAGACAGACUGAUCGCCAUUGAGAAGGCCCUUGAGUAUCCUCGUCUGGUCACGAUCCCUCGGGCGAAACGCGUUCUUGUAACGAUUUGGAUAAUGUGUGUUCUUUUGCCAGCCUUGCAGUUAAGUAGCUUAUACAUUCGAGUGAGCGCAAUUGGAAUCGUAACUUCGAUUUGUCUCGGAGUUUCCACCACUUCUCAUCUGUUGAUUUACAAAACGGUUCGUUACCAUCAACGCACGAUUCAGAUUCAGGUUCUAGCGGUGGGAAAGAAUACGGAUGGCAGUUUGGACAACAUGUUGAAGUUUAAAAAAUCAGCGCUCAAUUCUUUUAUAGUAUUUCUUGUACUUUUUAUCUGCUAUUUUCCAUAUUUUGUUGUUUACGCCAUAUAUUCGCAAUCUACGAUCAAUGGCUUCCUAGCAAGAGGGCUCACCUCAACAAUCGUGUUCGUGAACUCUGUGGUAAAUCCAUUUCUUUACUGUUGGCGACUGCGUGAAAUUCGAGAGGCUGUGAAACAGACUCGUCCUAAACUUUGA